UGCCAGUCUUGUGUCUGCUUUUUGCGAAGGCGGUCUUUUCUGAAUUCAAACGGUCGGGAGUAUUCGAGAGACCACCUAUGCAUAUCCAGACUCCAAAGGGAGCCAGAGUCACCGUAAAGUAAUUUUGAUACAAGCAGAAAUCUGGAUUUUGGGUCGUUUUGUGGAUCAUGGCAUCUGGUUCGCCUCGUAAUCGCAUUGAUCAGUUUUUUCCUUCGAAGAAGAAGAAAUCUCUUUCCCCUGGUCUAAAGUCCGAGAGAUACGUUAAAGAAAAAAGAACCGUGCUCGAUGGCUCACCUAGUGCCAAAGGUUCUUUGGAUAGCUUCCUGGUGAAUUCUCAAGACAGUAAUCGUCUCGCCAACUCUUCCUUCGCAGACCCUGUUGUUCCACCGAGGCAGGAUACUGUUAAGAGGAAUCUGACAUUGGAGAUUAAUUUAUCUUCUGAAAUUACACAUAGGCAUGCCUAUUCAGAAACCCAGGGACAGCCCCGAACGGUUGAAGUCUCAAGAGAGGAGGCGCAAAGAGAACAAUCCCAGGGCACUUCUGAGUUGGGUAAUAAUGCAGUCCAAGAUUGUGCCGCAGAUACAAUAGAACCCCCCUCACCUGGCCCAGACAACCCAGAGUUCAAAAAGUUUGCUGCUGACUUUUUAUCUUUGUACUGCAGUGAAGUUCCUGCAAGUGUCAGCUCAGUUUCAGACCCAAAAUUGAAUGCGAACAAGAGGAUUGGUAGCCCGUCUCUGUUGGAUGCAGAGGGAAAGAUAUCAAAGAAGCUGCAUUGUAUCCCCAAAUGUGAUCAGUCUCAGUUAGAUGGUGAAAUUUCUUGUGGUCAUGAGGAGCAUUCAGAACAUGUGAAGCUUGGAUUCAGUGCUAAAACUGGUGUACUUCUUCAGUGUCCUGGAGACUGUGAAAGAGAAGUUGGUACCAAUCCCUUUGAGACUCAUGCAAGCUUGAGAAAAUGUGAUAUAACACCUAAAUCUGGGAUAAAUAUGCCUCUGUGCUCUACACCUGGUGCAUUGAACUAUAUGUGUGCUCGUGAGACCCCCAACUCAGCACGUGGAAGCUCAAUUUUUUCUCCUGGUGAAGCAUUCUGGAAUGAAGCAAUCCAACUUGCUGACGGUUUCUAUGCUCCAAUUGAUAAAAGUUCAGUCCAAACUACAGAAGUUGAUAUUCUUAAGAGCCAGGUUGUGCAGGAUGGUUCAUGUAAUCUGAGAAAUGGGUGUAAUAAUGGGUCAAAGGAAAGUGAAAGCAAUGCCAGGACAUUUGAAAUGAAUUCUUCUUUGGGAUCAAUAAAGAAGCAUACCAAAGAGAAAGUUGAUUAUUCAGUACUCAUUUCAGAUAAAGAUGGUUCCCCAAUACCAGUUAAACAUUUUGAUUUUUUGAUUGAAGAUAAAAUUUCGGAUGAAAAAGCUACUCAGCAAAAUUCUGAUUAUGACAUGAAAGAGACUAAAGAGAAAGGUACUGAAAAAUCUGACGGGGGCUCAGUGAUACACAGGGGUCGGCAGGAUACUAAUUUUCUAACUCGUUGUGCCAAGUCUGAGAAAAAUGAGUUGCCUACCUCUGAUGAUGAACUUGGAUCUUCAGUGAUUAAAUCCUCGAAAAUGGUUACAAAGGUUUCUACUUCACCUCUCAAUGAAAAAGUAUACCAUGUUCAAGAUGUGACUUCCACUUCAGCAAGGGUUGAAAGCAAAGUAGGUUUGUCAAACCAAGGGAGUGGUAGUGUCACAGCUAAUGCAACACAGAAGGAUACUAAACGUCCUUGCACUGCACACUGCAGAUACGAUGAAACAGGUACUCCAUCAAGUACCAUGCCACUGAAAGCCUGUUUAGAUCUGAAUAGAUGGCUUCCUUCUGAAGUAUGCAGUGUGUAUAAAAGAAAGGGCAUUUCAAGACUCUAUCCUUGGCAGGUAGACUGCCUUCAGGUGGAUGGUGUCCUGCAAAACAAGAAUCUUGUUUAUUGUGCGUCUACAAGUGCUGGUAAAAGUUUUGUUGCUGAAAUCUUGAUGUUACGGAGGCUCUUCUCUAGUGGGAAAAUUGCACUCCUUGUCCUGCCAUAUGUAUCUAUUUGCUCAGAGAAGGCAGAACAUUUGGAAGUACUUCUUGAACCUCUUGGUAAGCAUGUUCGUAGCUUUUAUGGUAACCAAGGUGGUGGAACACUUCCUAAAGAUACUUCUGUAGCUGUUUGCACAAUAGAGAAAGCAAAUUCUUUAGUCAAUAGAUUGUUGGAAGAGGGGCGUCUUUCUGAAGUAGGAAUUAUUGUGAUAGAUGAACUCCAUAUGGUUGGUGAUCAGAAUAGGGGUUAUCUGCUGGAACUUUUGUUGACUAAGCUUCGUUAUGCAGCCGGUGAAGGCAGUGUAGAUUCAUGUAGUGGAGAAAGUUCAGGUUCCAGUAGUGGCAAAGCUGACCCUGCUCAUGGUUUGCAAAUUGUUGGAAUGAGUGCAACGAUGCCAAAUGUAUCAGCUGUAGCUGACUGGCUUCAAGCAGCACUAUACGAGACAGAUUUCCGACCUGUUCCUUUGGAAGAGUAUAUAAAAGUCGGAAAUGCCAUUUUUGACAGAAAAAUGAACAUUGUACGGACAAUUCCCAAAGCUGCUGAUCUUGGUGGGAAAGACCCAGAUCAUGUUGUGGAAUUGUGCAAUGAGGUUGUUCAAGACGGUCAUUCGGUGCUGUUAUUUUGUUCUAGUAGAAAAGGAUGUGAAUCAACUGCAAGACAUGUUUCCAAGUUCCUUAAGAAAUUUUCUAGCAGCAAGCUUGAUGAUCAAAGUGCAUUCAUUGAUAUUGCUUCAGCUAUUGAUGCCCUGCGAAGGUGUCCUGCAGGACUGGAUCCUGUAUUAGAAGAAACUCUGCCCACUGGUGUUGCCUAUCAUCAUGCUGGACUUACAGUUGAGGAAAGGGAAAUUGUUGAAACUUGCUAUCGUAGAGGGCUUGUACGUGUCUUAACUGCCACAUCUACUUUAGCGGCUGGAGUCAACCUGCCUGCUAGGAGGGUUAUAUUUAGACAACCCAGGAUUGGUCGUGAUUUCAUUGAUGGGACAAAGUACAGACAGAUGGCUGGUCGUGCUGGUCGUACUGGAAUAGAUACCAAAGGGGAAAGUAUAUUAAUUUGCAAAGCCGAAGAGGUAAAAAGAAUCACAACCAUUCUUAACGACUGCUGUCCCCCACUGCAAUCUUGCCUGGCAGAAGAUAAGAAUGGAAUGACUCAUGCUAUCUUGGAGGUCGUUGCUGGUGGGAUUGUUCAAACUGCUAGUGAUAUUCAUCGAUAUGUCAGAUGCACUCUUCUCAAUUCAACAAAGCCAUUUCAGGAUGUUGUGAAAUCGGCUCAAGAUUCUCUUCGGUGGUUAUGCCAUAGGAAAUUUCUUGAAUGGAAUGAAGAGACUAAAUUAUACAGCACCACACCGCUUGGACGUGCAGCUUUUGGCAGUUCUCUAAGCCCUGAAGAAUCACUUGUUGUGCUUGAUGAUCUUGCGAGGGCAAGGGAAGGGUUUGUGCUUGCAUCUGAUUUACAUGUGGUUUACUUGGUCACGCCCAUUAAUGUUGAUGUUGAACCAGAUUGGAAACUAUAUUAUGAAAGGUUCAUGGAAGUGUCUCCUCUUGACCAGUCUGUUGGAAAUCGAGUUGGAGUAGUAGAGCCUUUUCUGAUGCGUAUGGCCCAUGGUGUACCAAUAAAUGCCUCAAAUAAAUCAAGAAAUAAGAAAGGGAUACACAAUGGAUCUCGAAGCGGAGUUAUUUCUCGUAACAAUAACAUGCUUUCAGAUGAGCAAAUGCUUCGCAUUUGUAAACGUUUCUAUGUCGCGCUUAUCUUGUCGAGACUCGUGCAGGAGACACCUGUAACUGAUGUUUGUGAAGCCUUCAAAGUGGCUAGGGGCAUGGUUCAAGCAUUACAAGAAAACGCUGGCAGGUUUGCUUCAAUGGUUUCUUCAUUUUGUGAGAGGCUCGGCUGGCAUGAUCUGGAAGGCUUGGUAGCCAAGUUCCAGAAUCGUGUCUCAUUUGGAGUCAGAGCAGAGAUUGUUGAGCUUACUACAAUCCCAUUUGUAAAGGGUUCUCGAGCUAGAGCACUCUAUAAAGCUGGGCUUCGUACACCACAAGCCAUUGCAGAAGCAUCCCUUCCUGAAAUUGCCAAAGCUCUUUUUGAAUCUUCAACCUGGGCUGCAAAAGGUUCAGCACAACGACAUAUACAAAUGGGAGUAGCCAGGAAAAUAAAAAAUGGGGCUUGCAAAAUUGUUCUUGAAAAAGGUGAAGAGGCAAGAAUAGCUGCCUUUUCAGCUUUUAGAUCUCUUGGGCUCAAUGUUCCUCAGUUUUCUCUACCUAUAGUAUCAACAACCACAGGGAGUCUUCUUGUGCGAGAAGGUGAGAUGAUCUCAUCUGGUGAUGACACUAAUAGCAGUUUUGCCGGUGGACAAUCAAUUAAGGAUACUUCCACCGAACUAGCUGCAGAAAAGGGAAAGAAAUUUGAUAGUGGUGUUGCAAAGACUGAAGGAGAGGAGUUAAAAAGGGUAUCAGAUUUGAGCUCAGGUACUACAAUGGAAGUUGACUCGACAGUUGGAAUGCAAUUUUGUUCUGGUGCUGGAAACCUUGAGGUAACGCAUGAAGGAUUGGGUCUAGCCCUUGGUAAUAAGGUGAGAUCAAGUAUUAAUUGUGGAAAAGAACCAGAUGAACCCAAUUCUACUCUAUUAGGGAACACUGGGAAUAGUAACAGAAUACUAGGUGGGUAUCUAGAUCAUGAAAAUCACAAUAGCAACAGGCAAGGAGGGAAUGCAUGUCAUUACACUACUGACAACAUUUAUGACAAGGGUCCUACUGGUGCAAGUAAUUCUUCUGGUGGAUUUGAUGGUUUCUUGGAUCUUUUGGACACAAUCAGAGAAUUCUAUUUUGAUAUACACUUCACAAAACGAUCUGGACUGAACUCUAUUGUGCCGUUUGAGAUUCAUGGCAUGGCAAUCUGUUGGGAAAAUUCUCGUGUGUACUAUAUCAACAUUUCAAAGGAUCUCAUGGGGUCUGACAAGCUAAGUUCAAAUGGGGAAAGUGAUGUAUCCAGGAAUGCACAUAGUGAUCCAAGUAAUAUUGGAGCUGCAAAUAAUCGGUGGGAGAUGGCUAAGCAUAGAUGGAAUAGGAUAGCAAGGAUUAUGGGAAAAAGCCAUGUCAGAAAAAUCUGUUGGAAUCUGAAGGUUCAGAUUCAGGUGCUAAAAUAUCCUGGUAUUUCCAUUCAGAGGUUUGGUGGUCUAAGCUGUGUACAGAAUGCUGUGGAUAUUGAACUGAUAGACAGUUCAUACUUUUUGUUGUCGCCAAUUUAUGUACAAGAUGGAAUUGACAUGUGCCUCAUAACAUGGAUUCUUUGGCCUGACGAGGAAAGAAGUUCCAAUCCAAAUAUUGAGAAGGAAGUUAAGAAAAGGUUAUCCAGUGAAGCUGCUGAAGCUGCCAAUCGAAGUGGUCGAUGGAAAAAUCAAAUGCGGAAAGCAGCACAUAAUGGUUGCUGCCGUCGUGCAGCUCAGACCCGAGCUCUGAGUUCUGUCCUAUGGAAGUUACUAAUUUCUGAAGAACUAGAUGAAGCUCUUGUCAGCAUUGAAACCCCACUGGUUAGUGUCCUUGCGGACAUGGAACUUUGGGGAAUAGGUGUUGACAUGGAGGGUUGCCUUCGAGCAAGGAAUGUAUUAGUGAGAACACUGAAGGAACUUGAGAAGGAAGCUUACAAGCUCUCUGGCGUGAGAUUUUCACUUUAUACAGCUUCUGAUAUUGCAAAUGUAUUGUAUCAACAUUUGAAGUUGCCCAUUCCUGAGGGAACCACCAAAGGGAAACGACAUCCAAGUACUGAUAAGCAUUCUUUGGAUUUAUUGAGGCAUCAGCAUCCUAUCAUCUCAGUGAUUAGAGAACACAGGUCACUGGCAAAGCUCUUAAAUAGUACAUUGGGAUCAAUCUGUUCCCAAGCUAGGCUGUCCAUGAGAUCACAAAAAUAUACAUUACAUGGCCAUUGGCUCCAGACCUCAACAGCAACAGGGCGACUUUCCAUGGAGGAACCAAAUCUUCAGUGUGUUGAGCAUGCUGUUGAGAUAAAAAAUCAUGACACUGUCAAAAACACAAGUUCUGCAGAUACCGAGCAUCAUGUAAUCAAUGUGCGUGAUUUAUUUACUCCUACACAGGAAAACUGGUUGCUUCUAACAGCAGAUUAUUCACAAAUAGAACUUCGGUUAAUGGCUCAUUUUUCCAAGGACAGUUCCCUAAUUGACCUUCUUUGUAAGCCAAAUGGCGAUGUAUUUACCAUGAUCGCUGCUAGAUGGACAGGGCAGCAGGAAUCUACUGUUAGUUCCAGAGAGAGAGAACAAACCAAGAGGUUGGUCUAUGGCAUCCUUUAUGGAAUGGGUGCUAAAAGCCUUGCAGAACAACUGGAAUGCAGUUCAGAGGAAGCAGAGGAAAAGAUUCGAAGCUUUAAGAGUUCUUUUCCAGGCGUUGCUUCCUGGCUUCAUGAAGCAGUUGCAUCUUGCCAACAGAAAGGCUAUGUGGAUACACUCAGGGGGAGGAAAAGAUUCUUAUCAAAAAUUAAACUUGGAAGCAAAAAAGAAAAAUCCAAAGCUCAGAGACAAGCUGUGAAUUCUAUUUGUCAGGGCUCUGCUGCGGACAUAAUCAAGAUUGCAAUGAUAAAUAUUCACUCUGUGAUUGUUGAGGGCUGUGAGAACUUUACUUCGAGUUGCUCAUUUGCAAAACGAUUUCCCAUGCUUAAGGGUCGCUGCCGGAUUAUUUUGCAGGUACAUGAUGAGCUAGUGCUGGAAGCUGAUCCUUCUGUAAUACAAGAUGCUGCAUUGUUGCUACAAGUGAGCAUGGAAGGUGCCGUCUCACUUCAGGUUCCUUUGCAUGUAAAACUGAAGGUUGGAAGAACCUGGGGCUCCUUGGAGCCUUUCCAGGCUGAACAGUAUAAAGAAAAUGCCGACAUUCAGCAUUCUUGAAUUACGAUGAAUUGUCUCUCUGACUUUGUAAGGGAACACGCUUGUUUUCAAGAGAGAAAUUUGAUGGUAAAAUAUGCUGAUCUAAUGACUUGGGCAUUAGAUGAGAAUUUUGAUGUGGUGUUUGGAUCUUAAAAGUAUCUCCAUUUGCAGGAUCGUGCCAUUUGUAUCUACUGAUUAACCAACAGAUCCAAUGAGAAAAAUUGGAAACGCCAAUGCCAUGGUAAAUUGCUUGUAGCAAGAACUUCUCCUUUGCCUCUUUGGAGACAUCUGAUAAAAUGAAAUUCUACCUUCGCUUGCCAUUAUAUAGACAGAAGAACUGGAUGAGCAGAACAAAACCACCAUAUGUACUUUGCAGCUGUCAGGCCGAUGAAAUUACAGAUUUUUGUGGUCAGUUGCAUGGAAGAGUAGGAUGCAAAAAUCAAGUCAGGAACCAAGUUCAUUUUGUGACAAGCCUUGAAUGUGAUGUGGAUGGCUAUGUUACAAUAAGGCUUAAGUUGUGCAUUUCAGCGUGGCUGCAAAUAUUGAAGCGGGGAGUUGUCUAAGAGCUCUAUCCUGUCAGGAUUUUUCAAAUAACUAGUAAAUAUUUUAUUUGAUUGCUUCUUUUCUCUCCCAAGAGCUUCAGAAAUUGAAAAGCAGCGAAAAGACUCCUGGACCAAAAUCUUUAUAUUUAAAUCUAGAAGUUUUCGGAGAAGCUAUGAUGGUACAUUGUAGCAAUCAUAGUGGUUGAUGCAUUUAUAAGAAGCAUUGGCUUUGGUCAUGAAACAAUUUUAAUCAGUUGUGCGGUUAGUGGAAGUCCUCAUUCAGGAGGUUGAUGGUCAGCAGCUGUCUAUAUUUUGGUGGACUUGUGUGCCACGGGUUUGAGAGGAUUCAAAUAAAGCUGAUUUGGUCUCAAGGAGGUAAAAAAUGUAAUAGCUCCUGCAAGAAAAGGGAAUGCCAAUGGUUGCACAAGGGCUUGGGUAGUAUCUACAAAGUAGCAAGAAAUUCUUUUGAAUAUGUUGGAUGAUCUGCACAGUAAAAAGAGUCGGUCAAGGAAGUCUUUGGUUAUUUGGUGAUCUCAAGCUGACGGACUUGGUUUGAAGCACUGGGUAGGUUAUAUUUCUGAUUCUUAUGGUGGCUAUAUAUAUAUGGUAGAGGUUUCUCUGAGCAAGCAGGGUACUCAACACUCUCCCACAUUGAUUAUUUUAAUCAUUCUCUCUCUCUAUAAAUUAUACGCUAAUCUAUGUGCUUAGGAUCAAAGAGCCUUUUCCCCAUAUUUGUUUAUUUCAUUCUAAAGGACCGUCAAACAUGAUACAUUCAGUGAAGCUGAGUAGACCUUGUAAAAUAGCCAAAGAAAAGCCCUGUACAAAGCACUGUAAAUAUUCUUGGUUACCUGUAUGCUUUCCAUUUUCUUUUUUUCCUUAUGCAACAAUUGUGAGAGUAUGGAUCAACUAGCAGUUGUACAUGUAUUGGUGAAUCGAGAAAUGAUUUCAAAUUUUUUUUUUUCUUGUCAAGAACUGUAUUUAUUGUCUGAAAUCUUCCUUCUUGUUUAAAUGGCUGAUUUUGGAGGCCUGGAUUUGAAUGUAUUGAGUUGUAGCUUAGUCAUGGA